AUGAAUGCUGCUCUCACCGUCGCCGUAGCCGGGGAAGAAAUCGACGAGGCCGUAGCCGGGGAAGAAAUCGACGAGGCCGCCUCUCGGGCUCAGGCUGACAUGUCGGAGAUCAUGUCGUCGCUCCCACGGUGCCCGGUGUACCUUACUCGCCACUACCGCGGCUUCUGGAUCCGCGAGUUCGUCCUCAAGGGCAUGGCCGCCGCUCAGGCAUCCUUCGAGCCAAGGCCAACCGACGUCUUCCUCGCCAGCUGCCCCAAGUCCGGCACCACCUGGCUCAAGGCGCUCGCCUUUGCGACGCUCAACCGCGCCACGCACUUGCCGUCCGACUCCAACCACCCGCUAUGCCACCGCAACCCGCACGACUGCGUCGCCUUCCUCGAGACCAGGCCCGUGCCUGAGACCAUGGCGCUCCCUUCUCCCCGGCUGCUCGCAACCUACAUCCCCUGCUCCCUCCUGCCCAGCCGCAUAACGGAAUGCGGCCGGGUCGUCUACGUGUGCCCGGAGCCAAAGGACGCUCUGGUCUCCUUCUGGAUCUACAACAACAAGAUCGCGCCGAUGCUGCGCCGGAAGUUCGGCCUGGAGUCUCCCUCGCCCACGUUCGAGGAGGCGUUCGAGCUCUUCUGCGAGGGGCAGAGCAGCUUCGGACCGCCGUGGCGCCACGCCCUCGAGUACUGGGAGGAGAGCCGGAGGAGGCCUGGGAAGGUGCUCUUCCUCAGGUACGAGGACAUGCUGCAAGACCCCACAGGCAACACCAAGAAUCUCGCUGCGUUCAUGGGGUGCCCGUUUUCUUGCGCGGAGGAGGAGGCAGGGGUGGUGCAGGAGAUCGUGCAGCUCUGUAGCUUUGAGAAACUCAAGAGCUCGGAGGUGAACAAGAAUGGCAGCAGCGCCAUGAUGGGCGUCAACAACGACGUAUACUUCAGGAAGGGAGCGGUCGGCGACUGGAAAAACUACAUGACGCCGGAGAUGGCGGCGCGGCUGGACAAGAUCGUCGAGGAGGCGCUUCAAGGUUCAGGCCUGACCUUUGGCAUCUCCAUGUAG